GAAAACCUACAGGCCACCAGUCGUGCUACAGCUACAGACCAGUGGUUUAGCAGCAACAGCUUUCGAGCGACGGAAACAUGCCGAAGCGUUGUGCUUAUGUAUUGUGCAAAUCUGACACCAGGUAUCCUAAAAGAUUGGAGGGCGAGGUGAAAUUUUUUCCCUUCCCAAAACCUAAAACUCAAGGGGAGAAAUGCCGGGCUUGGAUCAGGCAGUGUGGGAGGCCGCAUUCACAACUAAACGUCGACAGGAUUAACAAAAACACCUACAUAUGCUCCAAGCAUUUUGUUAACGGGCGACCUACCCCCGAGUACCCCAAUCCGAUCGCAGCUCACCCGGAGUUAGAUCUAAGAAGGGAACAUCAAGGGGCUUGCUGGACAUCUCCAAUAAAAGAGGAGCCAGAACCCCAAACUCAGCAGGAAGCCAGCACCUCAAACUCUACAGUGAACACAUUUUACAGUACAUCACAACAGAGUGGCUCCAGCUAUGAAGAACAUGAUAUGGGUGACCAUAAAGAGGAUCUAAAACCCCUGAAGGAAGAAUUAGCCUAUCAGGAGCAGGACAUCUUAAAUCUGAAGAUUGAAAUCAAGACAGAGGACGACUAACUCUAUCAUCUUCAAAAGGAACUUCCGAAUCCACGCUCCUGAGAUGCUUUAAAAGCAAACUCGUGUGUACUUCUCCACAGGGUUUUCAUAUGAGCAGUUUAACAGCUUGUGUCAUUUUUUUGUGUCAUUGUAUCAACAUUCCAGCUGAUUCAAGUGCACAACAAACAUUCCUCUCUCAUACAAAUGUAUCAAUUAUGACAUCGAAAUUUGUCGAUCUGUGUCAGCACACUGAUCAACUCCUGGGUGGACUAUAUUUAUAUAUGACAGUUUUUGGCCACACAGGGAUGUUAUUUCUGAGAACAUGCCUGCUAAAUUUAAGGAAGAAUUUCCAAAUACAUUUGCCAUCAUAGACUGCACUGAACUGAAGAUUCAGAGAUCAAACUCAUUAGUGUUGCAGAGUCAGACUCACUCCACCUACAAGUCUUCUAUCACACUUAAGUCCCUAGUGGCCUGUGAUCCACGAGGCGCAGUCAUUUAUGUUUCUGCCCUUUUCACUGGAGUAAUUUCUGACGAAAAGAUUUUCAAUGAGUGCAACAUCCUUCACAUUUUGAAGGAGAACAUUAAAUGUGGAGUACAUCUCAAUGUAGGAGAUGGCUUAAUGGUUGAUAAAGGCUUUCUAAUUGAGAAGGAAGUUGAGGAUUGGUUUGCAACUUAACAUUCCACCUUUUGCAAGAGCAAACAGACAGAUGCCACAUGCAGAUGCCACAUGCAGAUGCUACAUGCAGAUGCUGAAAUGACCAAAAGAAUAGCAAAGCGCAGGGUUCGUGUUGAAAGAGCUAUUGCACAGAUAAAGAAGUUAAAAAUUGUGUCAUGUCAAUCCUGAUUUUCCAGCUUGUGAAUGUGAACAUAAAUCAGGAGCAGCAUGGUGGUGCAGUGGGCAGCACAAUCGUCUUAACAGCAAGAAGGUCGCUGGGUCUGACCCCCACUGGGUCCGUUGGCGUUUCUGUGUUUGAAUGUUCUCCAUGUGUUGCCGUAAGUUGGUGCUCCGGUUUCCCCCACAUACCCAAAAAUGUGGUAUAGGUGAAUUGGGUAAACUGAAAUUGGCUGUAGUGUAUGUUUCCCAGUGAUUGGUUGAAGCUGGAAGUGCAUCCGUAAAACAUAUGCUGGAUAAGUUGGUGGUUCAUUCCACUGUGGUGAACCCAGAUUAUCAAAAGAACUAAGCUGAAAAGAAAAUGAAUAAAUGAAUGAACAUAAGUCAAAUGUGGUAUGUAGCCAGCAUGCUGUCUAACUUCCAGCCACAUAUAAUCAAAGAUUAAGGUUGUCUGUGUGCAAAAGAGAUGAGGGGUCAAGCAACAUCAUGCUAUCGUCCUGCACUGCCUCGUUGGGUGAAUUUUAUAUAACGUGCACAAUACAUGCACUUUAAUACUGCCUCAUCUAAUUCUUUUACUUGAUGGCUCAAACCACUUUCUAGUGGGUGUCUCUCGCCUCCUACAGUUAUGUCAGCGGGGUCUGUUUACCAAGUAGCUGAUGGGUGCUUCUGUCUGCCUUUUUAGUAAAGCAAUUUUCUCUUCUGUAACUGAGAAAGUCCUGAAAAAUAAAACACUAUCAAUACAAA